AUAUACAUGCAGCACAGCUCUUUCAUAACUGUCUCUCUCUCCAUCUCUCUCCUCCCCAUCUCUCUCUAUAUAUCUCUCUUGUUUACAUCUCUCUCCCUGCCUUUGUGUCUUCCUUUCACUUCACACACUAAAAAAGCUUCCUUUUCACAAAAAACUCAAAACAAGCCCAUCCUGCAGCUGGGUUUUCUCACAAACCUUUCAAACUCUUGUUCUUGAUGAGUGAUGAGAGUGGGCUCUCUCAAAGAGAGCCUGCCUUUUAACCAAUUUUAGUUGCUUAUAGUAAAAAAAAGUAGCUUUAUUUUGUUUGAUUAGUUGUUAGAAUGGCUCUCACAAUGCAUAGAGAUCAGGGAAUGGAUUCAAGCAAGUAUGUGAGGUACACACCAGAGCAAGUAGAGGCAUUGGAGAGAGUGUACACAGAAUGCCCAAAGCCAAGCUCUUUGAGAAGACAGCAGCUCAUUAGGGAGUGUCCUAUUCUCUCUAAUAUUGAGCCUAAACAGAUCAAAGUUUGGUUUCAGAACCGCAGAUGCCGGGAGAAACAAAGGAAGGAAGCAUCUCGUCUUCAGACUGUAAACAGGAAGCUGACUGCAAUGAACAAGCUACUGAUGGAAGAAAAUGAUCGCUUGCAAAAGCAGGUGUCUCAUCUGGUUUAUGAGAAUGGAUACAUGCGCACCCAACUGCACACUCCAUCAACGACGACCACUGACACUAGCUGCGAGUCUGUGGUCGUAAGUGGUCAGCAACAACAGCAAAACCCAACUCCUCAGCACCCACAAAGGGAUGCUAACAGCCCAGCUGGUCUUCUCGCAAUUGCAGAGGAGACCCUGGCAGAGUUCCUCUCCAAGGCUACUGGAACUGCUGUCGACUGGGUGCAGAUGGUUGGGAUGAAGCCUGGUCCGGAUUCUAUUGGCAUCGUUGCCGUUUCCCGCAAUUGUAGUGGGAUAGCAGCACGAGCCUGCGGUCUUGUGAGCCUAGAGCCCACGAAGGUCGCCGAAAUCCUUAAAGAUCGUCCAUCUUGGUUCCGUGAUUGCCGUUGCCUUGAUGUUUUGAGUGUCAUUCCUACUGGAAAUGGAGGAACAAUAGAGCUCAUAUAUAUGCAGACUUACGCGCCUACAACAUUGGCAUCGGCCCGAGACUUUUGGACACUGAGAUAUACUACAACUUUGGAAGAUGGCAGUCUUGUGAUAUGCGAGAGGUCUCUGACUUCUUCCACUGGUGGUCCACCUGGGCCACCUGCCACAUGUUUUGUAAGAGCUGAUAUGUUACCUAGUGGUUAUCUGAUUAGACCUUGUGAUGGCGGCGGCUCUAUCAUCAACAUUGUUGAUCACGUCGAUCUGGAUCCUUGGAGCGUGCCUGAAGUUUUGAGGCCUCUGUACGAAUCAUCGAGAAUACUUGCUCAAAAGAUGACCAUGGCAUCUUUGAGACAUAUAAGACAAAUCGCACAAGAAGCAAGUGGAGAAAUUCAGUAUACUGGUGGGAGGCAACCUGCUGUUUUGCGAACAUUCAGUCAAAGACUGUGCCGGGGUUUUAAUGAUGCUGUGAACGGGUUUCUCGAUGAUGGUUGGUCGAUUUUGGGUAGUGACGGUGUGGAGGAUGUUACCAUUGCCAUCAACUCGAAUCCAGGAAAAUUUGUUGGUUCCCAGUAUAACAACACAUUAUCAAUGCUGCCAACAUUUGGAGGAGUGCUCUGUGCCAAAGCAUCAAUGCUUCUUCAGGAUGUACCCCCAGCUUUACUUGUUCGUUUUCUAAGGGAGCACCGAUCAGAGUGGGCUGACUAUGCAAUUGACGCUUACUCUGCUGCAUCUCUGAAAUCAAGUCCUUAUGCUAUUCCCUAUGCCAGACCUGGUGCUUUCCCUGGUACCCAGGUCAUUUUGCCUCUAGCUCAUACAGUGGAGCAUGAAGAGUUUUUGGAGGUGGUUCGGCUAGAGGGUCAUGCUUUUUCCCCCGAGGACAUAGCUUUGUCACGCGAUAUGUAUCUACUGCAACUUUGCAGUGGGCUUGAUGAGAAUGCUGCGGGUGGUUGUGCUCAGCUUGUCUUUGCACCUAUUGAUGAAACCUGUGCCGAUGAUGCACCCUUGCUGCCAUCUGGCUUCCGUGUGAUACCACUGGACCCUAAAUCAGACAAGCCUGGUGCAAGUAGAACACUGGAUUUAGCUUCUACACUUGAAGUGGGACCUGGUGGUGCACGCCCUCCUGGUGAAGCUGAUUUGACCAAUUACAAUGUUCGCUCUGUGCUGACUAUCGCGUUCCAGUUCACUUACGAGAACCACUUGAGAGAUAAUGUCGCUGUUAUGGCUCGUCAAUAUGUGCGUAGUGUUGUAGGUUCCGUCCAGAGGGUUGCCAUGGCUAUUGCACCCUCAAGGCUGAAUACCCAUGUGGGUCCAAAUCCAAAACAAUUGCCGGGCUCUCCUGAGGCUCUCACCUUGUCGCACUGGAUUUGCAGGAGCUAUAGGGUUCAUAUUGGGGCUGAUCUCCUUGAAGUAGACUCUAGAGUGGGCGACGCAGUGUUGAAACAACUUUGGAAUCAUUCUGAUGCAAUUCUGUGCUGUUCAGUGAAAACAAAUAUAUCACCUGUCUUCACUUUCGCAAACCAGGCAGGUCUUGAUAUGCUCGAGACUACACUUGUGGCCCUUCAGGACAUAAUGCUCGACAAGGUUCUGGAUGAAGCGGGAAGGAAGAUUCUUCUUUCUGAAUUUUCGAAGAUCAUGCAACAGGGCUUUGCUUAUCUACCAGCCGGGAUAUGUGUUUCGAGCAUGGGGAGGCCUAUUUCUUAUGAUCAAGCCAUUGCUUGGAAAGUUCUGGCCGACGAUAACUCCAGUCACUGCUUAGCUUUCAUGUUCUUAAACUGGUCCUUUAUUUAGAUAUGUAGUACCUAAUAUAUCAGACUUAGCUAUUACUAAAUUCCGGAUGUUUACAUCGGCAAAAUUGACAUUAGCCGUCGGUCCUUUAAGUUAUAAUUUAUGCUCUCUUAUGUUGUAAACUUAUGUAAUGCCAGAUGAACUUGUUACGUAGGUUUGAAACCCAGUGAACUUGCCUAUUCCAUAUCAUGGCUUUGCUUAUAUACAACUAAUGAUCUCUGUUUAGUUUGAA